AGAAAAGAGAGUGCCUUGUCCUGGUCUGUCCAGCUUCAUCAUCAGCCCACACUUACGGACAUAAUGAAUCAUCUACGGGACUAGAGCCGUUAUAUAUUCAGCUUUUUAUCCUAAACAAAUGAGUUGUAUAACCCCUUGUUUUCUUUCUACUGAUUAUUUUUGCGUAAAACGUUUGAUUUUUACAAACCUCUACUUGACGUGUAACUCUGGCAAAUUACGGCUAAAACAUUAGCAAACAAGCUAACCCGGCUGCACAGAGUUUACUAGAAAAGUCUUUGAAAAAGAUGGCUGACAACGGAGCACACCAGGUUGAGGAGGACCCAGCCGCGGCCUUUCUCGCCCAGCAGGAGAGCGAGAUAGCGGGGAUAGAGAACGAUCACGACGGCUUCGGGGCUUUGGAGGCUGCAGAUGCUCCUCAGCCUACUACAAACUACGACCCGUUUGGAGAGGAACCUGCCACACUGAAUGGUGACAUGUAUCAGGAGACGAAUGGACCUACAGACUCCUAUGCAGCUAUCGCCCAGGUGGAUCAUCAGAGGCAAGAACCAGAAAGUUUACGCAAGUGGCGAGAAGAGCAGAAGGCACGCCUUGAAGCAUUAGAUUCUGCAUCUAAGGCAGCAGAAGAAGAAUGGAGGGCAAAAGCUAAGAAGGAGCUGGAUGACUGGCAUGUACAUCAGAGUGAGCAAAUGGAGAAGAACAAGGCCAAUAACAGAGCAUCCGAGGAGGCUUUUCUGGCAGAGACUGAUGGUGACAGCCCUGGCACUGAAUGGGAAAGAGUUGCUCGUCUAUGUGACUUCAAUCCCAAAACCAACAAACAGGCAAAAGACGUUUCUCGAAUGCGUUCUGUCCUAAUCUCUCUCAAACAAACUCCUCUAGUUCGCUAGUAAAUUAUGAAAUGUACAUUCAAUACAUUUUAAAAAGUGAUGCCUUUCCACUUUUAACUGUUACCCUGGUAUGGUUUUGCUAUUAGCCAUUUUCUUACUUGCAAAUGCCUUUUAAAUAAGUAAUCUGGACCCUGUACCUUACAACUGAUUGCAUUAUUUACUUUUAUCUUGACACUUUUUAAUAUCAUAUUCCUUAAAAGUUUCAUUUUUGCAUUCAGUUACUGCAUAGUUUACCUUAUUUGCAUGUCUAUACUAAUAUCUAAUUUAUUUUGUACAUUUUGCAAGUUGGCCCUUUUUAUUCACUUAUUUAAGCACCAAUUCUUAUUAGAUUGUAACCACCUAUGCCUAAUUUGAUUGUGUACAUGUUUGUCUUGUUUUCAGUUCAUUGAAAAGAUACACAAGGUAGCCUAUCAUUUGCAUACCAUUGUCCUUUAAACACACAAGCUUGUGGCCUUUAAGAUGAUCUUUCAAUAGAUUUGUUUCAUAAUUAGAAAAUUAAUAUGGACACUUAUUGCCAAACCAAAGACAUUGACGCCUAAAUUCAUGAGCAAUUGUGCAUACAAAUUUGCCCUCUUGUGACUCAUUCACAAACUUGUGUCAUGUCAACUUAAAUUGUAUUUUCUGUAUCACAUGUUGCCUGUGCGGAUAUUACUCGUAAAAAUGAAUGUUACAAUAAAACUGGAAAACAAAUUGA